AUGUCUAUUGCAUACAGUCGUGGAAAAAUUAUUUUUGAGCCGAAGCAUGGGAAUCAAACGAAAGAGUAUCCGGAACGUUCAUUGAUCGAAUUACGUGAGUCGAGUGAUGAAUAUGUUCUACGUGGUCAAGAAAUGGACAAAAAAGAAAUAAUAUUUCUUAUUCCAUUAACUAAUCGUAAUCAAUAUCAUUUCGGGUCCGAUGCUGAAAGUCCAGAUGAAAUCAAAACAAAAGAUGGAACAUAUAUUAUAACAUUGGAUGCUGCUCAACGUGAUAAUUUUCAUACGAUAUUACACAACCUUUUAGAUACAUUAGUUACACCAGAUGGACAACAACCAAUUUCGCCACUGUUACCAAAAGAAGAGGAUAAUAUUAAGAUUCGAAAACUAAAUGAGUGUAUCCAGAAUGGAAAAGGUGAUGAUGCAGCAAAAAUAGCAGAAGAUUUAGCUAAACGGGCAGUACACCUUACAUCUAAACCAUGGAAAUUACACAGUGAACAAGAGAUUGCAAUUCAAAUUCAGUUUGAUGGAAAUGAGUAUCCAUUACAGAAGAAUGGUGGUAAUAUUCAAUAUUUUGUUUAUCCAUCAACGACAAUUCGUGAAUUACGUGCUGUGUUUGAAGAGUUGCAUCCUAUCCAAGAUCAAUACUGGUUUGUUAAUGGUGGUUUAGCAUAUGAUAAUGCCACUAUGACGGAUUUAAAUGUUGGUCCGAACUCAUUAUUAAUACUAUUUGUAGUAACUCAGCCAAAAGUAUUCAAUAAUAAUACUCAGAAUGAUACGAGUAUUAAACCUGUGUCUUCCUAUUGGGAAUGCAGUGCGUGUCACGCUUACAAUCAAUCAACGAGAAAAUCGUGUAAAGCCUGUAGUCUUCUUAGACAAGAUUUAUUAAGUGAUUUAUUAAAUGUAAAAGAUGGCAAGAUAAAGCAAGAAAGUAUUAAUAACACAUCAGCUAGUACAAAUAUGAAUCUCCUUGCGGCAGCACCACCAACAACACCAACACCAACAGUAAACAAUACUUGCACAAUUCCAAAGGGUGUUGAACGCUCAAUUUCUUCAACUAGAACAGAACAUCCAUUAAAGUGGUAUUGUGUGAUAUGUGCAAAAUAUAAUGAAAAUGGUGAGCAGUCAUGCGGUGAAUGUGGUGAAAUUUAUAUGACAAAUCAAGAUUAUAUGAAUUUCGUUAUUGAACAAGGAAAACAAUUGACACGAUAUUCUGAAGAUUCAGCUGCUUUUCGAGACGAUUUACGCCUGCUAACAGAAUCAGCUUAUUACAAAAACAAUGAAGAAUUUGAUUGUAUUAUAUGUUGUGAAACAAUUGGAAAAGAGAAAGGAGUUUUAUUCCAUCACUGCCUUCAUCCGUUAUGCAAACGUUGUGUAAUUCGGUCUAUUGAAACGUCAGAUAGUCCAUUGAUCAAAUGUCCACAUGACGAUUGUCAAGAAUAUAUUACUGAACGAGAAUUGAGAGGUAUUGCGACAGACAUGCGUAGAGAUCAAAAAAUUGUUGACCGUCUACAAGAAAUUGGUAUACGAUGGGCUGAAUCUCGACAUAAAACAUUUCAUUGUAUAACUCCCAAUUGUGCUUAUUGGUGGUUUAUUGAACAGCAAAUACAAAAUAUCGUUUAUUGUGAAGGUUGCUCUAGUUGGAUAUGUAUGACGUGCAAUGCUCGUCAUGAUGGUCAAUCAUGUGCACAAUAUCAAGAUGAUUUAAAAAUACGUGCUGUAAAUGAUGUUAAUGCACGAAAAGAUAAAGAACAUCUUGAAGAAAUGAUACGAAAAGGUGAAGCAAUGCAUUGUCCUGGUUGUAAAGUAAUUGUUCAAAAAUUAUCCGGCUGUGAUUGGUUACAAUGUACAAUGUGUAAAAUGGAAAUAUGCUGGCCAACACGUAAGAUAUCUUCGGUUAUGCUGAUUUUACGGAUUAGACAACUAAUCCUGAUAUUGGAAUGA